AUGGGCAGGCUGUUGGUGGACCUUCGUAAUGAAUGGGGGGUGCAAGUCCUGGUUCUUUUCAGCUUCUCCCUGCAAGUUUUCCUUCUCAUGUUUGCUUCCAUCCGUCGGCACAACGUCUCCAUCCUGCCAAGAUUCUUCCUGUGGCUGGCGUACCAGCUGGCGGACUCCACUGCACUGUUCACACUGGGCCACAUGGCCAUCAGCAGCCGGUCACAGGACGAGCAGCGGCUCAUGGCGUUCUGGGCACCGUUCCUCCUGGUACAUCUUGGGGGUCAGGACACCAUCAGCGCCUACUCCUUCGAGGACAACAGGCUCUGGCUGUGCCACCUGCAGACUCUUGUGGUGCAGGUGUUAGGGGUUUCCUAUGUUCUCUACAAGUACACGCUCGGCGACGACAUCCUGCUCAUGGUGGCCGCCGUGCUCAUCUUUACGGUGGGCAUCCUCAAGUAUGGGGAGAGGAUACUGGCGCUCCGGUCCGCCAGUUUUGACAGCAUCUGGAACUCCCUUGACGAACUGGACGCCAGCUCUCGCGAAUCCAGAAGCAAUGAGCUUCUGGAUCAUGCUAUGGAUCGAAGGUUCAGGAUGGACGAGGAGACCAUUCUGAUGGGAGCCCAUGGCCUGCUGGAGGUUUGCAUGGGGUUAUUCAUCGGCAUGCAGAGAGGGCGGCGCCAGUGGCUGCGUGAAGCCAUGCGGUCUUUCCAAAUCUAUGGCCACCUCGACAAGCUGAUGGAGAUGGAGCUGUCCCUGAUGUAUGACAUCCUCUACACCAAGGCGGUUGUGAUACACACAUGGUACGGAUGCUGCAUCCGUGUCAUCGCUUUGGUGGCCACGGUGGCUGCGUUCUUGCUGUUUCAGCUCAGCAGCAGCAGCGGCAGCGACGCUGGGCAUGGGCAUGGGCACAACAGGAAAGACAUAGCCAUCACCCACGUCUUGUUGGUUGGGGCCUUGCUCCUGGAGCUGGCAUCAAUGGUGAGGGCAAUCGGAUCCACCUGGACAUGUGCCUUGCUGUAUCAGAGUGACAGGACCACAGUCACAGGGAUCGGGAUGAAAGACCAAAAUACUCAGAAAGGGCAGGAUAUGAAGGAUGACCAAAAUACUCAGAGAAGACAAGAGGCGGACCAAACUACUCUGAAAGGGAAAGAGAUGAAGGAUGACCAAAUUACUCAGAAAGAGCAGGAGAUGAAGGAUGACCAAAUUACUCAGAGAAGGCAAGAGGCAGACCAAAUUACUCAGAAAGGGAAAGAGAUGAAGGACCAAAAUACUCAGAAAGGGCAGGAUAUGAAGGAUGACCAAAUUACUCUGAGAAGGCAAGAGGCAGACCAUAUUACUCAGAAAGGGAAAGAGAUGAAGGACCAAAUUACUCAGAAAGGGCAGGAGAUGAAGGAUGACCAAAUUACUCAGAGAAAGCAAGAGUCGGACCAAAUUACUCAGGAAGGGAAAGAGAUGAAGGACCAAAUUACUCAGAAUGGGCAGGAGAUGAAGGAUGACCAAAUUACUCAAAGGCAAGAGGUGGACCAAAUUACUCAGAAAAGUAAAGAGAUGAAGGACCAAAUUACUCAGAAAAGUAAAGAGCAAGAGAUAGAGGACCAAAUUAAUCAGAAAAGACGCAAGAUAGAGUCCGAAAUUACUCAGAAAAGGCAGGAGAUGAACACUGUGGCCAAGGAAGAGGACAAACUACACGUCCAGGCAACAGAACUGGAGAAAGAUGUGAAAAAGGCGAUGGAGAACACAAACAAAAGGCUGGACCUGCUUGCCAAGGCCAUGGCGCUCGUCAAGAAUAAGCUUAACAUCAAUGACCGCCUUGCCAUCAUAUCCGUCAAAUCCUCUCUCGCUGAGCCUGCAACUGACCUCUUCGAGAGCGAGACCUCCAACAAGGUGCAGCAGCUGUCGAUGCCCUUGACUUACAACAAAGCCACUGUGCAGACAGAUGAAAGUUUCACCGCAUUGCACUGGAGGAAACAGCCAAAAAAGACCAUGAGGCUCAUAAGGGAUUGCCUCCACUCUGCUCCCAGCUCAUCCACCCCCAUCGCAAUGUCGGCCAGAAGCCAAGGCACAGCCUCCAUGACUGCGCAUUCGCCUGAUGUUGGUGGCAGCACCAAGACGCUGCAGAAGGCAUUGAUGGAUGCCAAGAAGAUAUUGGAUGACAGGCAAGGAGAGGAGAAAGACCGGCAGGGUUUCAUUAUCGUCAUUUCUGACAGUGAUGAUGACUCCAUAUGCAUGGAAAAUCUGAGCUCCAAGCACACUGUGCAUGCCUUCGGCUUCUAUGGCAUGCACAACACCAGGGCAAUGUACCACAUCGCUAGCAGCUUCAAUGGCAUCUACAAUAUCAUAAACGAUGAUCGCAAUGAGAUCACUGAAGCCUUUACAUCCUGCAUCAACAGAAUGACCUCCACCAUCGCCGUCAAUACAAAGGUUGAAAUAAUGUGCAGCCCGUCCUCCGAUGUAGCAUUGUCUACCAUUGAGUCUGGCCCAUUCAGGUAUUCCAUCUGCGGUAACAAAAAAUCAUCUUCCAUCUUGGUUGGUACCCUCAGUGCGGGCACAGUGAAGAACUUCAUCGUCUAUGUGGAUAAUGUUCAUGAGGACGACCAUGGCAAUUUCUCCAAGUGCUUCCAAGUUUGUGUCAGGUGGGUGCAUCCAUUGGACAGGGCGGAGAAGCUAUUAGAAGGUCAAGUGUUUGUUGUCAGGGACGGAAUCGACGGAUAUGAGGAGGUAAUGGAGAACACUGCCCAUGUCGAAGCGGUCCAAAUCGCCAGUAAUAUUACUGAUCCUAAUUACAGUCAAACGACUAUGGUGGCAGACAAGCUGAGUCAGAUGUGCAUCAAAUGCCCCGAGUUCACACGAUCUGCUGGUAACGGUCGCCUCACAUGGCUCUCAAGGGAGAUGAUUAAGAUUGACGAAAACAAGAACAUGGCAGUUACUAAUUCCAAUUACUAUAAAAAUAUGGUGGCAGACAGGCUGUCCUACAUCCUUUCGUGGCUAUCAUACCAGCGAUCAUACUGUUGGAUCUCUGUCCUCUAG